AUGAGGGUGGUUUUACAGCGAGUAACAAAAGCUGCCGUUACAGUUGGCGAUACAGUGGUAGGAUCUAUUGGACAAGGCGUUUGUGUACUUGUAGGGAUACAUAAAGACGAUACGGAAGAAGACAUGAAUUAUAUUAUCAGAAAAGUACUUAACAUGAGGAUUUUUCCUGCUUCGGAACAAAAACCUUGGGAUAAAUCUGUAAUGGAUUUAGAUUUGGAAAUCCUCUCUGUAAGUCAGUUCACGCUAUACGGACAAUUUAAGGGAAACAAACUAGAUUUUCACAACGCAAUGAGCCCAGACGCGGCUUUUCAAUUAUAUUCGAAGUUUUUGCAAAGAAUGAAGGAUGCUUAUAAACCAGAAAAAAUCAAAGAUGGACAAUUUGGAGCUAUGAUGAACGUUGAUAUUGUAAACGAUGGACCAGUUACCGUGUCAUUUGAUAGUAAAGAUAAAAGUUGUAAAUAA